UGCAGGUGACUCAAGUUUCAACCCAAAUUCAACAAUUGCACGGCCUACCUACCACAAACCACCUGGAUACAACCUCAAAGUAACUUGUCAGAGAAGUAGUGAUUCAUGAUCAAAUAAAGAGAGACUUACUUCAAGCCCAUACUGAAUUCUCAAGUUGAGAUGAAGUUGAGAUCUUCAAGUCAAGCACUCCUUCUUUUCCACAAUCUUUUGAUUUGUCAUCUUUCAGAUUCGUCAUGGUUUAAUCUUAAACAUUGAUAGAAUUAGUCGAAUGCAAACAUACAAUUACGCCAAAGGUAAUAUUGCUCUAAAGGGUGACAUGGAGGCAUCUUCAGGAGAUCAAUUGAUAGCUUAUCUUUUAGAUGAUUACAAAACAAUAUUGUGGAUUGAUUUCCAACUGAAAGUGUAUAAGAAGUACAUGCUGAUUAUUCCAUUUUUGAAAACUGGGAACAUGGUUAUAAUCAGCUAGCUUGAGUUUAGCUGACCGACUAGCUCUUGUGAUAAGCUCAACAACUUACUGCUAACAAAUAUUGAGCUUUUCAGGGCGUGAAAUAUUAUACAAUGGCUUGCAGUUACUCAUAAUCUUCAUAAUUGAGUGCCAAAUAGCCAACAUUUAAAUUGAGUGUACUACCUGGGAUGAACCUAUGAAGAAAGAAUACUUUUCAGACCACAUCUCUCACUACAUAUGAAAUACUCGUCUCACAUUC